AGUCCGAUAGCUAUAUGUAUCCGGCACGCAGCAUUUGGUCUGCUAAGGAUGGAGGAGGCCAGAACAUUAAUACUACUAUUCAUUCAAGAAAAGCCCGAGAAUUAUAUUUGUGAAAUCGAUUGGAAAAUAUUGGCCUCUAAAGAAAUGCGAACAAGCAUCUUCGAGAUAGAUGGUAUUGCGGAGGUACUCGGCCUCGAUCACCCCCUUUUUAGAGCUCUAAUGAGAAGGGAUAAAGCUAUGCUAGAACGCACUCUUCAGACAACAUUGCUAUCGCCAGAUUCCUUAGUUUGCAACGGAAUAUUUGCGGUCCACAUCGCAGUUUUUUGGCCACGGGGCUUAAAGAUUCUCCUUGAUAUUUGGCCAAAAACUAAUCUGAAUAUUAUAUGCAACGAACUCACACCCUUGGGAUUGGCAAUGUUUGCAAGCGGCGGUAUCUGCCAAGGAAAUCUUAUCCAAGUAUGCGAAAAUUGCCCCUGCGCCGAAUCGAUUGAAAUCCUAUUAGACUCUCGUUGUCACGUCACCGAAAGCAUCAAUAAAUUAAGAAGUUUAAUUCCGACACGAGUUCACAUCUCAUAUAGGGCUUUAUUCACAUUUUAAGCCAUAUAAAACAGUGGCGAGAGAAGUUGAUGCGACUAGCACAAGAUAACCUCGACGAAGCCGAACAAAGACAAGUUGGGCUUUGCUGCUCUCCAGUCCUAGAUUACGCAGCGCCCAAAGUCAUUCAAAGCCUUGAGGCUAAAGGUAUUUCCCCAUUCAGCGAUUUACAACUGAAUCCAGACGACUACCGCCUUUCUCAUUCGUCGUA